UCAUCAUCCUUCCUAUUCAUCUUCUGAAACCGAAACUCGAAACCCUAAAGAAGGGAAAAAAAAAAAAAAGAGAGAGAGAGAGAGAACUGUAAGAGAGACAUGAGAGGGUGCGAGUUGUGUGGUGGCGCUGCGAGAAUGUAUUGCGAAUCUGAUCAAGCUAGCUUGUGUUGGGACUGCGAUGAGAAGGUUCACUGUGCUAAUUUUCUUGUGGCCAAGCAUUGCAGAAACCUUCUUUGCCAAGUUUGUCAAUCUCCGACGCCGUGGAAAGCCUCUGGUCCUAAGCUUGGGCCCACCGUUUCCAUCUGUGAAUCUUGUUUUUCUUUGCACAACGGAAAGAAAGUUGAAGUCGGUCAGGAUCGGGACGAGACCCACGGAAACGAACAGUUAGAUGAAUUGGACGAUAGUAAUAAUUAUGAUUAUGAUGAAGAAGAAGAUGAAGACGAAGAAGAAGACGAAGAAGAAGACGACGAAGAAGACGACGAAGAAGAAGAGGAGGAGGAGGGGGGGGAGGGUGAGGAUGGGGAAAAUCAGGUGGUGCCGUGGUCGGUUAUAUCGCCUUCACCUCCGGUGGCUAGUUCUUCGAGCAGCGAAUAUGAUAUUUCGAGUAGAUAUUCGGGAGCGAGUGCGGCGGCGUUGAAGCGGAUGCGAGAGCAUAGUGCUGAUAUUGACGAUAUUGACUUUGAUAACGAGCAUGGAUGUUCCUCUUGUCAUAUGGGCUGUGGAAGACUAAGCAACGAUGAAGGGGAUUCAAUAGCUUCAUUUAGACCAUCGAAGCAAGCAAGAACAAGCGGUGGAGGUGUAGAUGUUGAAGUAGAAGAUAAUCAUGAUCAUGAUCAUGAUCAUGAUCAUGGUCAAGCAGAGUCAAGAUCAACCGCCAUCAUUGACUCCCUCAGGAGACUCCAAAGUGAAAUGGUAUCCAACAGAGAAAGCGCGUCUGCAACGAUUCUUGGGAUUAGCAGAUUGAGCAGAGAUCACAGCCGUUGAUUUCAAUCCAACUUAACUCCUUCCUUCCGCAUUUGAUAACCAUACAAUUUCAUGAUGAGUUAAUGCCGGUAUUAUUAGUACUUAGUUGCUAUUACUAUAUGCUAAUCCAACUAAUUUUUUUGUUGAUUUUUUCCCUUUUAUUAGUACACUUCCAUCGUGUGUGUAAAUGAUAGUGUGUCUGGUUGAUAUUGGGUGAAUGCGUUCUAGUACAUUUUUAUAAUACUGAAUUUCUUGGUUUA